AACCACGACGAAGCUCAAUCAUGGCUGAUAACCAGUCCGCUAACAUUCAAGCACUAUUGUCCGCAUUAAACGUGUUCACUCGUGCACCUGACAAGACUUCUUUGGAGAACGCGAAUUCCUGGCUGCAGGAUUUCCAACACUCUCCCGAAGCAUGGUCGACAUGUAACGUCCUCCUGCUAUCUCCUGAUGCACCCCCAGCGGCCAAGCUAUUCGCUGCACAGACUUUCAGGUCAAAAGUUACUUAUGAUCUUCAUCAAGUAGAUCCAUCGAAUCUCCUUCCCCUCAGGGACACUCUUGUCACUGCGCUGGAGAGAUAUCAAAGCGGUCCGAAGACUAUUAUCACACAGUUAUGUUUAGCGCUUUCAGGACUUGCCCUGCAACUCCCGGCUUGGGACAAUGCUCUACAGAGUAUCGUCGAGACAUUCGGAGCGAACCCUGUAACAGUUCCUGUUUUACUCCAAUUUCUGACCAUCCUUCCGGAAGAAGUAUCGGGUAACACAAGGAUACCUGUGACUGACGAUGAAUAUCGCGAAAGGUCUACAAAACUCCUUUCAGACAACUCUGAGCAGGUAUUGGAGCUGCUAUCCAUGUAUUUGCAGGCAACUGGUCGGUCUAUUUAUUUGAUUGCGAAAAGGCAUUGGUUACAAAAUUCUGCAGGUGUCACACACGUGGUUCAAAGCCAAAUCUUUGAUUGCCUUCGUAGCUGGUUAGUCGCAGGAGAAAUCGAUAUGCCCGCUUUCGGGAAAUCUCCUUUGCUUGCAUUUGCAUUCGAGGCCCUAGCCUCGGAGGAACUCUUUGACUCGGCAGUCGACGUCGUCUGUGAAAUGAUACACGAGACGCAAGAAAUCGACGACAAUAUGCCUGUGAUUGAACUCAUCGUUCCUCGAGUCAUUGCCCUCAAGUCUCAACUGGAAGAUAAAAAGGAUGAUCCGGAAAAGAUUCGAGGCUACGCAAAGAUUUUUGCAGAAGCGGGUGAAACGUACCGGCUACUUAUUCUUCAGCACACCGACACAUUCUACCCAAUCGUCGAGGCAAUUGGCCAGUGCUCAGCCUACCCUGACCUCGAUAUUGUGCCCAUCACUUUUCCUUUCUGGAUGCGGCUAGCUCAGACUAUCGGCAAGAAAACAACAAUUUCGCCCCUAUUUGGGGAAGCGUACAAAGCGUUGAUGCAAGUCGUCAUUCGCCAUUUGCAUUUCCCUCCUGAUCUCGCCUCUAUAACGGGCCAAGAGGCGGAUAAUUUCCGCUCGUUUAGACAUGUGAUGGGAGAUACUCUCAAGGACUGUUGUCUAGUUCUUGGUGCAGAUGCCUGUCUUCUUUCUGCUUAUGGGCUCAUCACUACGGCGCUCUCUCGCAGCCCACAGUCUAUCUCCUGGCAAGAAAUUGAGGCCCCUCUCUUCGCUAUGCGCUCCAUGGGUGCUGAAGUUGAUGUGAUGGACGAAACCGCCGUGCCCAAGAUAAUGGAUCUCAUUCCCUCCCUUCCGAUUCAUCCUCGAGUUCGUUAUGCUGCACUGCUAAUCAUAUCCCGGUACACCGAAUGGAUCAACCGUCACCCGGACUACAUUGCAUAUCAACUACAGUACAUCUCGGCAGGCUUUGAAGAUCCUGACUCCGAAGUCAGUGCGGCUGCAGGGCAAGCGUUGAAGUACUUGUGCCAAGAUUGUAAACAGCAUUUGAUUGAAUUCCUUCCUACGUUGCAUACUUUCCUCACAACAACCGGAGCAAAACUGGCUCAGGACGAUCGGCGACAAGUAUACGAGGCCAUCGCUUACGUGAUUUCUGCAAUGUCUAUGGAGAAAGCUGCGGAGUCCCUGCGAACCUUCUCGCUUGACAUUCUGUCUCAAAUACAUGCCAUAAGUAGCAAAACGACAGCAGUAACCAAACAAGAACUCAAGGAAGUCGGAUAUGGCUUGGAAAAUCUGGAAGUCAUGUUGCAUGUCGUAGGACCCUUUGGAGACCAGCUACCUGCCGCCUGUCAGAACAGCUGUCAAGAAGCAUGGUCGAUUUUUGACACCUUCAUAUCCAAGUUCGCGUUCGACUAUGACACUUCUGAAAGAGUCACUCGCGUACUUCGUCACGGCAUUACGCUGUUUGGCGAGAGCGCUCUUUUAGUUGCAUCAUCUGUCUUGUCACGGAUGGUGACGUCCUUUGAGGCAACAGGUUUCUCGUCUUUCUUGUGGAUUUCAGGGAAAUUUGUAGGGAGGUUUGGUCACGAGUCGGACCCAGUGUUGCGAAAUGCCUUCCAAAACAUAUACGAGAGAGCGACCAACAAAGUCGUUAGCCUCCUACAAUCAAAGGAUCCAAGAGACAUUCCUGAUGUAUUGGAGGAUUAUGUUCAGCUCUUACUCCAGCUCAUACGGAUGGCCCCAGACGUCUUCUUCCAGUCCAGCGCAUUCCCGCUGGCAUUUAGAGCCACGAUGGCUGCCCUCACUCUAAUUCAUUCUGACCUCGUCUUUGCAUCCUUAGAUCUCUUCCGCGACAUCCUUACUCACGAGAGUCUUACUCCUAGCUCAUCGCCACCUCCCAAGUUCCCCAUUUACUCUUCAGCCAUCAAGGCCGUCAUGGAAAAGGAGGGAUUCGAGUUUGUCGGCUACAUGCUCUCGGGCCUGGUUGGAGACUUCCCCGAAGACUCUACUGCGAUUGUUGUCACCAUCUUCCGCGCCGUAGCGCUUCUGUGGUCUACGCAGCUGGUCGCAUGGCUGCCACCUAUUUUGCAGCAGCUUCCUCCAUCCAGUGCCCCGAACCAAGUGAAGCGGCAGUUUUUAUUGGACGUGACAAACUCGUUGAACACCGCCCAAUACGACAAGGUCAAGUAUUCCAUUCUAGCACUCCACCGCGCUUCACGCAAGGCUCGAGAUCGUAGACGUGUAACUCCCUUGAACCAAGUGUGAGAUCCAAGUGAGGAAAGCUUUCUCGUCUCACACGGACUGGAGAGAUUCAACGAAGGGAAGAGAUGUGCACACACUUACAGAACUGUAAUAGGAAUUUUGUACAUGACAAAAAAUUGUUUAGUAUUUGUUUGUGAAUGCGUUACCAGUGUCUACCACCACUCGGCG